GUCAAGAACAGAACAGAGGAGGUGGUAUAGCCUGUUUGAUGUGUUGGUGCAUAGCAGAGUACGUGGAAUUGUUUUCAUUUCCUAGUGAAGUACAGUUAUCUCGCAUUGAGUUAUUCGCAUUGAAUGGUCCCACAGUGAAUUGUCCCACAGUGAGUUGUUCCAUGGUGAAGUGGCCAGGGCAAAUUGGCCAGAGCAAAUCAGCUGUGAUGAGUCAGCCACGGCCAAUCGACUGCAGCGGAUCAGCCGUGGUGAGUUGGCCAGGAACCCUUGAAUCAUACGGAUUGCUCCCUUAUUUAACUUGAUAUGCCUAAAAAAGAUUUAUGGGUAGGAAUAGCUGAACCAGAUCCCACACAAACUGUUGACAGUUCAGGCAGCUGUGACAGUGUGAUCAGCAACAACUCCAGUUCCUUUGAAAUGAGUGACGGUGGCUUUGAUUAUCUGACAGUUGAAGAAAAAGAAUGUCUUAUGUUUCUUGAAGAAACUUUGCAUUCUUUAGAUGCUGAAGCAGACAGUGGACUUUCUACUGAUGAGGCAGAAGCUGUUGAACUUUCCAAACUUCCAAGGACAUGGCCUACAAGAGAUGUCCCCAAAGAACUGGAUCCUGACUAUCUUGGAAAGCAUAAACAAAUUGAUCCAAAAGGCAACACCUCUCUUUCUGGUUCAGUACCUGCUGCCAUCUUAAGCCCAGGCCACCACAGCCUUCCCAAAAAUAUCAUGGCAAAAAAUACUGUUCAGACUUCCAAGAUUUUUGUUGCCAAAGCACCAGAAACUAAUGCUGAUGAUCAAAAAACUCUUCCUCCAUUACAUCCAACUUUAUGGGACACUUCUAAGCAUGGGACAUUGGACAUAUUGAAAGAAGUGCCUGAGAUAGGUACUCAAGGAAGAAUCUCUGAGUUGGAAUCAGUAGUAAUUCCACCUCCUGAACCAUUCCAAGACCAGAGGAAGAGCCAUCUCAUAAUACAGCAUGAAUCAAUAUUUACUGAUUCUUGGAAACAUGCUGAAAAUGAGGCAACAUCUCAUUAUGAACGUAAGAGGAACCAAGGUGUAACGGAAGAAUAUGAGGCAAGAGCUGUCGAACAAGAAUUCCCACUGGAGAUGAUGGAGACAGCAGCUGGAAAUGAAUCCUUUCUGAAAUCUGUCUCUCCUAAAUGUAACAGGAAAAGUUCUGAACAAAUUGUAAAUCAUCAAGAAAUUGAUCAUAAACAUAUACUGGAGGAAUCUCAGUUGGAUUCUACUUUCAAGCAAGGCCCUCCUAUUGCCCCCAAACCCAGAAAAUUGCCCCCAAAUAUAAUUCUCAAAACCAGCAAAAGUAAUGUGGCGGUACUUAAUAUAGAUCCAACACAUAAGAUAAAAGUAUCAUUGCCAUUCAGUGGGAGACCUAGAGCUGCAACUGGUGACUUUUCCAUGGAUAAAACGUAUGCCCCCCAAAAAGAACAAGGGAGGGCAAGGAGGGAGGCUCUUGAGAAACUGGGACUCCCUUUGGAUAAUGAAAAGAAUCCAGAUGACCAAGUGAUCAAAACUUCUAUUUACUCAAAAGCAAGAGAAAUGUCCUACACUGGCAGUAGGGAGAAUGUAAACAUGGAUGACAUUACUCUUAAUAAGAAAUCUGUCCAGCAGUCUGACCAAACUGAUGAUAAAGAAGUCCAACCAACUGAGAUUAGCAUCCAAAGGAUCCAACAGGCAAAUUUCAAAUCUAACACACUGGAACGAUCUGGUGUAGGUCUGAGCAGUUGCAACACUUCUGGAAGGGAGGGAGAGAACUUUAAGAACAAUAAAAGAUCUUUUCUCAGCAAAAUCACUCCAAAUUUUCUCAGGAAUAACCGGAUGCGCCCAGCAUCUCUUGGCACAGGGAAAGACUUUGUUGAUCUGAAGGAAAACAAACAACAUAAUGUUGAGUGGGACAAAAGUCAUGAGCGACGAUCUUACCCACUUCAGCACCCCUCCAAGCUUCCUAGGCCAGCAUGUGUUAGUGUAAAAAUCAGCCCUAAAGGCGCCACAGAAGAGCACAGAAAGGAAGCUUUAAAAAAGCUUGGCCUAUUGAAGGAAUAAACUUAAUAGCUGACUUAAUGCAAAAACUGUAUGUUCAGUUUUGGUUAACAUCAGUGGUGGGAUUCAAGUAAUUUAACAACCGGUUCUCUGCCCUAAUGUUUUCUCCCAAUAACCAGUUUGCCAAACUGUUCAGAAAGUUAACAACCAGUUCUCCCGAAGUGGUGCGAACUGGCUGAAUCCCAGCACUGGUUAACAUACUUAUUUAAUAUACUCUCCUCUUUUUUUCAUCCCAAUGGAGAAAUUGAAGCUUAUAUUAUGCCUAUCAAGAUUUUGUAUAACAUGUGAACAUUGAUGGGUGGAUUAACACUGAUAAAAAAUUUAUUCAAUUCUGCCAUUUAUUAUACAGUACACUUCCCAUCAACAAAGAAAUUUUCCAUUCCAACUGUAUAGAAUGCAUUUGUGUAUAUAUGUACAAAGAUUUGACUAUUGUGAUGUGUAAAUAUAUGAUUGUAUGUGGUAGAUAUGUUCGGUUAAAAGGGGCAAUCUAAAACGUUAGUGUUAAUUUCAUGGGGCAAACCAUGAACUUCUGAAAUAUUGUAUAAUCACAAUAGCAGUAUGGCUAGAAAUCUUUAAUCAAUAUUGAGCUGCAAUAGUAGUAUGUUGGUUCCUUUUUAAAUGACUGGGCCUAAUGUAACCUUGCUCACUGAAACCAGCAGUACUAAUUUGGUUAAUAUAUGUGGAUUAUUCAGUGUCUGUUUAAAGAAUGAAUAAAGAAUACAUUGCAUAUAAAUGUGAAAAAUGAAAAAAUUGACCAUUCACUUAUAAAUUGGCUUCACAUUCUAAAUUAACAAUUAAUAAAAUAUAGAUGCUAGAAAUAAAAUUGAUUUGACCCACUUUAGAUUUGCCACACCUAUUGUAUGUUAAUUGAUUAUUGCUGUAUUCAAAUUUAAAAUCACACAACUAUUUAGAAUGGAAUGUAUGAGUGCAUGCUUCUAAAAGAUUGAGUAAUAAACUUUUGUAUGGAAAAAG